AUGUCUACUGCCGUUGAAUACGCUCCACACAGCUUUGGCCACCCCAUGGGUGACACUAUGGCGAGACCUCACCAUGGAUGGAGCCAUGAUCCCUAUGCUCUUCGUCAGGGCAGCGAUCACAGGGCUUUCAUUACGCAGGACGCCGGUCGAGAGCGUGUGCAGCUCCCCGGACCUUCCAGUCUCUUCUCCGCCGCUGCUGCUGCCGCUGCCGCUACUUCCUCGCCCGCAUCCAUGUCAUCACCGCAUAUGAGUAGCCAUCAGCCGCCUCUGCAUUCGUCUGCUGGACGUGACUCUCCCCCGUAUUCCUCGUCGGGUCGCCCCCCGUCCUAUUAUGGUGGUGACUACGCAACGCCGUCUCCCGUGGGCCAGACACCACCCCAACUCCCCGCACCCAAUGUGGAUGCCCAUGGUCUUCCGGGACCACUUGCUCUCCGUACGACCAUUCGCGGCCCGGAUUCCCGUUUCUCGCCGACACAGUCUCCCGCGUCCAGCGUCCGUUCGGACGACUUUGACUUGGGUCCCCGGUACCAGCAGCAGGCGCUCUCCCAUCUCCCUACCACGCCUCGCUAUCGCAGCCGGGAUCCACCUUCAUACCAUCACCAGCCGCCAGCACCCACCUCCUCGCCUCCAAAUGUCGGCGUGCAUUAUUCAAAGGCGGUGGUAGCAGCAGCGACAGCGUAUCCAACGCCGAAUAGCCGCUCCAUUUAUCCUCCCAUGCACCCGACAAGUCCAACAUCAGGACCAGGCCGCCUUCCUGCAGCAUCCACCUCGCCACGGUCCGAGGCCAAGCAAAUUUCCAUAACCAGCCUGCUGAGCGAGGAGUCCGCAGCCAAAGCUGCAGUACCACGGCCACCGCAGACGCCAUACCACCAUCCGGCAAGCAAUGACAGCACGGCGUCCAAGACGCCAAUGCUGAGCCCGGCCCAGUCGGUCGUCAACUCGGAGUACCGCAUCAAUGUUCGGCAGCAGCCAAUAGCAGCACGAUCAUGCGGGUUUGGCGAACGUGAUCGUCGUGUCAUCGAUCCGCCUCCCAUUGUGCAGCUCACCAUUGACGACCCGGAUGCAACACCAGAAGAGAUCAGUAUGCGCCUUCGCUUCCAGUUUACGGUGCUGCACUGCUCCAUCUGGAAUGAGACGGGAGAGCAGGACAACUCAGCCAUGCCAGAAGACUACCGCCAACAGCGCCGACUCAUGGGCACGUUGGUCUCAUCGCCUUUUGUGGGCCAGGAUGAAAAUGGCGAGGAGGGCUGUUUUUUCUGCUUCCCGGACCUGUCCUGCCGCACACCAGGCUCAUUCCGCCUUAAGUUUGCGCUUGUGGUCCUAGAUCCCCUGGGUAUGCGUGCUGGCGGCUCAUCGCCUAUCAUGGCCACGGCUAUGAGCGAUGUCUUCACCGUCUAUAAUGCCAAGGACUUCCCUGGAAUGCAAGCCAGCACGGCCCUGACCAAGCGUCUCAAGGAGCAAGGUUGCCUUAUAUCGAUCAAGAAGGGCAACGACAAGACCAGCGCUGCCCAUGGUCGCGAGGAAAGCGAAGAAGACGACGAGGCCGGCGAUGGCGCGACUGCAGGCAAAGGCCGGAAGCGUGCGAAGAGAUCGUAA